CGUAACGAUUAUUCUGGCUGAAAGUUGCUGCCACUGGAGUCAAGGGACUAGUGUGCACAUUUGGCCUUUCUUGCAACACCUAGCUCGGAGAGGUUUGCCGCGGCCAUGGCGUGGGUAGCAUGUCAGACCAAGCUGUCGUACAAGUACCGCCGCCGCACACACACGGUGACUCCAGCGCUGGAGGAAGCCUACCUGCGCGUGGACGUGUCGUGCGGCAGUGAAGCCUGCGACACGUGCCGCGUGGGCGUCAGCGCCGCCGCCGCCGCCGCCGCCAACGGCUCGGCCGCUGAAGCAGCCGCGGCGGCCGCCGCCGCGCCCAUCGCGUCAUUGUCGGCGGCGGCGCCGUUUUACCUGCUGCCAGACGACGCGGCGUUGGCGGAGUUUCUUGAAAUGUUUGAACUCCCUGACAUCUCCAACUAUGUCAUCCUGGCCAGUGCGUUGAAGAAGGUGGCGCUGCACUCGGGCCGCAAGGCCUCGCGGCUGCGGGCGCUGUACCGCGACCGCCGCCGCCGCGCAGUGCUGUUCGACGACCUGCACUGCCUGGACACGGCGGCGGCGGCGGCAGGCGCAGAUGAGGCGCUACCUCCGGCGCUGGCCGCCGGGCUCUACUACGCGCGCCACCUGGGCGGCCGAGUGCCACUAGUCAUCGUGUCAGACCGACUGGCGGGCUGGACCGCCGCCGCCACCGCCGCCACCGCCGCCACCGCCGCCACCGCCGCCGCCACACAGCCCGCCGCCGCCGCCGCCGCAGACGGCUACGAGGCUUACGGCUACGAAACAGCCGCCUGCGGCGGCGGCGCCGCCGGCGAUCUGUUGCUGGCGGCGGCGGCGCCGCCGCCGCCGUACGGCGGCUGUGAGCUGUCUGAUCACCUGGCGGAGGCGGCGGCGCUGGGUGUGACUGUGCUGUCGGCGGCCGAGUACGUCAGCCGCUGCUGGGCGCCCGGCAGUGCAGUGGCGCAGCUGUUCGACUCGCUCACCGCGGCAAAGCUGGCGGACAGGGACAAGGAGAAGGAGGGCGGAGGCGGUGGAGGCGGGGGGGAGGCGGUGUAUGCGCCGCACCUGUCGCAGCAGGAGGUGGAGGAGGGGCUGGCGGCGGGCAGUCUGAUGCGGGGCACGCUGCACGUGAGCCGGCGCAGCCCCACGGAGGGGGUGGUGGAGCUGGGGCACGGCGCGGACGCGGCGCUGGGGCGGCUGGUGCGCGUGUCGGGGCGGGCCGCGCUCAACCGGGCCAUUGAGGGAGACGUGGUCGCGGUGCGCCUGCUGCUGCCCGGCGGCCCCGCGCCCGAGCAACCCGCCGCCGCCGCAGCAGCAGCAGCCGCGGCUGACGCCGACGAGCCCGCGGCUGCGGGCGGCGCCGCCGCCGCCGCGGCGGCCGCCGCCGACGCCGACUACGGCGCGGAGCUGCUGGCGGACGCGGAGGGCGGCGGCGGCGAUGGCGAGGAGGGCGCACUCGCAAUGAUGGAGUCGGCGGCGGCGUCUAGCACCCUGCCGUCGGCCGAGGUGGUUGCGCUGCUGGAGCGGGCGCCGCGCGACUUGGUGGUUUGCCUGUCUCAGCGGGAUGAGGCGGCGUUGCGGGCGCGGCUGGAGGCGGCGCAGCAGCAGCAGCAGCAGGGCGAGGCGGCGGCGGCGGCGGCGGCACAGCGCCGGUCAGAGGCGCUGGUGUGCCUGCCGCUGGACCGGCGGCUGCCGGCGGUGGUGGUGGUGACGCGGCAGGCGGCGCAGCUGCUGGGCUGCCGCUUCGUGGUGCGCAUAGACAGCUGGGAGCGCAACUCCAGGUUCCCGCGCGGGCACGUGGUGCGGGUGCUGGGGCGCCUCAACGACCUGCGGGCGGAGAGCGAGGCGGUGCAGGUGCAGUGCGGCAUACACUACAAGCCCUUCUGCGAGGCGGCGCUGGCGGAGCUGCCCCGCGUGUCCAGCGCCUCGGACUGGGCGGUAUCCGCGGCGGAGCGGGCGGCGCGGCGCGACCUCACCGGGCCCGAGUACUGGGUGGUCAGCAUUGACCCGGUGGGCUGUACGGACGUGGACGACGCCAUGCACGUGCGCUUCAUCCCGCCAGACGACCCCGCUACAGCACACCUGCGCCGCCCGGCCCGCCCGCGCCGGGGCCCCCGCCGCAACAACAACAACAACAACAUCAACAACGGCGCGGAGCCGGGCGCGGAGGCGGCUGAGGCGGCCGAGGAGGAGGUUGAGGAGCUGGUGGAGGUGGGUGUGCACAUCGCGGACGUGAGCUGGUUCGUGCGCGGCGGCGGCUUCCUGGACGGCGAGGCGCGCGACCGCUGCACCAGCGUGUACCUGGUGGACCGGCGACUGGACAUGCUGCCGGGGCUGCUGAGCGAGCAGCUGUGCUCGCUGCGCGAGGGCGUCGAGCGAUUCGCCGUCAGCGUCAUAUGGACACUGCGCCGCACGCCCCGCCGCGCCGCCGGCCCUGCGCCCGACCGCUGCGGCCGCUGCCACGACUUCGAAGUGCUGGACACCUGGUUCGGCCGCACCCUCAUCCGCAGCCGUCACCAGCUGCACUACCAACAGGCCCAGGACGUGUUGGACGGGCGGCCGCCGGCGCCCGGCGACCAGCUGCCGCGGGAGCACGUGGCGGUGCUGAGGCCGGCCCUGAGGGUGCUGGACGAACUCACGGGCCAGCUGCACGCCCGCCGUGUGGCGGACGGCGCACUGGAGCUGGCCAGUGCCGAGCUGCGCUUCCGGACCGACAGCGACACGGGCGCGCCCUGCGCCGUCAUAUGCAAACAAAAGGUGCCCAUGAUGGACGUGGUCGCAGAGAUGAUGAUCGCGGCCAACUCCGCCGUCGCCGAGCGCAUCGCCACCGCCUACCCCGGAGCCGCACUCCUGCGCAACCACCCCCCGCCGCGAGCCCAAGCCUUCGAGGCGCUCAAACCCCUCCUGGAAGGUGCAGGCGGCGGCGGCGCCACCGCCACCGGUGCGGCGCCGCCGCCGCCACUGGACCCGUCGUCAAACCAGUCGCUGGCGGCGGCGCUGGAGCGGGCGUGUGCGGCGGCGGCGGCGUCUGACCCGGCGGCGGCGGUCCUGAUCAAGAGCCUGGCCACUCGUGCCAUGAGUGAGGCGCAGUACAACAGCAGCGGUACGGCGCCGCCGGGCACGCCGCAGUCGUACCACUACGGCCUGGCGCUGCAAUACUACACACACUUCACGUCGCCCAUCCGCCGCUAUGCGGAUGUGGUGGUGCACCGGCAGCUGCUGGCGGCGCUGGCGGGUGCGCCGCCGCCGCAGCCGCACGCGGACCUGGCGGCGGCGGCGCACAACAUGAACCUGCGGCACAGACAGGCCAAGUCCGCCCAGAAGGAGUGCAGCGAGCUGUACCUGCUGCUGCUGCUGCACUCCCGGCCACACGUGGAGCGGGCGCUGGUGUGCGGCAUCAGCGCCACCCGCCUGGAGCUCUUCAUACCCGCCUACCAGCUGCGCGGCGCGGUGCCGCUCACCGACCGCCGCGGCCUGCCGCGACCGCCGCUGCGGCCCGGCGACCCCGAGGCGGCGGAGGAGGCCGAUGACGCCUUUGCCGCGGCGGAGAGGCGCAGCCUCAGGCUGCAUGUGGAGGCUGACAAGGAGGCCGCUAUUGCCGACACCGCCACCGGCGCCGAGCUGUGGCGCGUGCGGCUGUGGCAGCCGGUGUCGGUGCGCCUGUCCGCCGCCGGCCACCGCGCCCAUGGACCGAAGCUGGCCAUGCGCCUGCUAGACGCCACACACCCGGACGCGCUGCCGCCGGCGCUGCUGGCGCCGGCGCCGGCGACUGUGGCGGCACUGCCGCCUCCGGCAGCAGCGGCGGGCGGUGCCGGCGGCGGCGGGGUGCCGAUUGUGGUGCGGCCGCUGGUGACAGUCCCGGGCGGCGCAGCAGCAUCGGCAGCCAGUAGCGCGGCACCGGCGGCAGGGGCAGGGGCAGGGGCAGGCGGCUCGGAUGUGGCACUGCCGCCGCACCUGCGCAUGCUCUUGGCCCGGCGGACCCAGCAGCCGCAGCCGCAGCAGGGGCCGCAGCAGGGGCCGCAGCAGGGGGCGACACAGGCCACUGGCACUACAGGCGCGGCGGCGGCGGCGGCGCCGUCCGCGCCAGGUCCUCAGGGCAUGCAGGCGGGUGUCGGGGGCCGCAGCGGCGCGCCUGCAGCGAUGGGGAGUACGGGCGGCGUGGGGCUGCAGGCUGCGGGUGGUGAUGUGCGUGAUGUGGGUGAUGGUGUGGAGAUGGAGGGGGAGGAGGGCCGCGGUGACGUGUUGGCGGCCCCCGGCGGCCGCAUGUGCCUGGCGGCGGCGCUGCCCCCCUGCACCACGGGUGCAGCGGCAGCCGGUGUGGAGGCGGGAGGCGGAGCGGGGGGGCUGGGUGACGGCGGGGAGGGCGGCUGCGGGGACGAUGGGGGCGGUGGUGACGGGGAGGCGGUGCGGCGGCGGCUGUUGCAGCGGUUGUCCAGGCUGGAGGUGCGGCUGGCGGCGUGCCGGCGCGGCUCCAAUGCGGAGCGGCGGCUGCGGGAGCGGCUGCAGCAGCUGCAGGAGUGCGGUGUGGCGCAGCUGGCGGCGUGAGAUGGAGCCUGGAGUGUGGGCCGGGUGUUUGUUGUGGACGGGCGGCUGCAAGGAUGGCUUAGGUGACAGAAGACUGGCGGUCAGGGUGACUUGACGGGGUGGAGAAGCGCCGA